CGGCGCGGGGGCCGCGGCCGCCUUGCAGUUGCCGCGCGCCGCCAACAGGUUGCACCGUUCCCCGCCGCCGCGCGGGCCCGCGGGCGGGGAGCGGCCGGGGGUGGGGUAGGAGCGCGUGUGAGCGCGAGUGUGUGCGCGCCGUGGCGCCGCCUCCGCCCGCCCCCCAGCUCCGUCCCGCUCGCUCGCCGCGGCCGGGCGGCCCUUUUCGUUUGUCCGCGCUCCUUCCCCUUCUCCUCCUCCCCCCCCUCUUCCACCGCCGCCGCCUCCUCCAUUUUGCGAGCUCGAGUCUGUGACUGGAGUCGGAGUCACCGCCCGCCCGUCCGUCGGGGACGGAUUGUCGUGGGUGGAAGAAAACGCCGUGAUCGGAGCGGCGGGCGCCGAGGCGGAGGGGGACGCGCGCCGGGGAGCCCGAGCCGGCGGGGGACGCGGGGCGCUGGAGUCGGGUUGGGCAGCCGCCUGGGAAAUGGGAGAGUUUCCGAAAUAGGGGCUCUCCCCACUCCUCACCAACCCGCUCUCCAUGGAGAAGGGGGCGGCUGUUGACUUCCUUUUUUUUUUAGAAAAAAAAAAUCUUUCUGCUCCUCCUGCGUUCACACGCUAAGUUGUUUAUUUCCGCUGCGGUGGGAGCUGCGGACCUUGUCGGGUAGCGUCGGCUCGGCCGGAGGAGUGGAUACUCACUGAUGGACUCCAAGGAAUCUUUAAGUACCCCCAAGAGAGAAGAAAUCUCCAGUAGUGUACUUGGUCCUGAUAGGGGGAAAGUGUUGGACUUCUAUAAAACCCUAAGGGGAGGAGCUACUGUGAAGGUUUCUGCAGCUUCACCCUCCCUGGCAGCCACUUCUCAAUCAGAAUCCAAGCAGCAAAGACUUUUGGUUGAUUUUCCAAAAAGCUCAGGAAGCAAUGUGCAACAGCCAGAUUUGUCCAAGGCAGUUUCACUCUCAAUGGGAUUGUAUAUGGGAGAGACAGAAACAAAAGUGAUGGGGAAUGACUUGGGAUUUCCACAGCAGGGCCAAGUCAGCCUGUCCUCUGGAGAAACCAACUUCAGACUUCUGGAAGAAAGCAUUGCAAACCUCAACAAGUCCACCAGUGCUCCAGAGAACCCCAAGAGUGCAGCAUCCCCUGCUGUUUCUGCCACCACCACAGAAAAAGAGUUUUCAAAGACUUAUUCUGAUGUGUCUUCAGAACAGCAGAAUUUGAAGGGCCACACGGGCACUAAUGGUGGCAGUGUAAAGCUGUAUACCACAGACCAAAGCACCUUUGACAUUUUGCAGGAUUUGGAGUUUUCUUCUGGGUCUCCAGGUAAGGAGACCAAUGACAGUCCUUGGAGAUCAGACCUCUUGAUAGAGGAAAACUGUUUGCUCUCUCCUUUGGCAGGAGAGGAUGAUCCAUUCCUUUCAGAAGGAAACUUGAAUGAGGACUGUAAGCCUCUUGUUUUACCGGACACUAAACCUAAAAUUAAGGAUAAUGGAGAUAUUAUCUUAUCAAGCCCCAGCAGUGUGCCACUGCCCCAAGUGAAAACAGAAAAAGAUGACUUUAUCGAACUCUGCACCCCUGGAGUAAUUAAGCAAGAGAAAAUGGGCCCAGUUUACUGUCAGGCAAGCUUUUCUGGGGCAAAUAUAAUUGGUAAUAAAAUGUCUGCCAUUUCUGUUCAUGGUGUGAGCACCUCUGGGGGACAGAUGUACCAUUAUGACAUGAAUACAGCAUCCCUUUCCCAACAGCAGGAUCAGAAGCCUAUUUUUAAUGUCAUUCCACCAAUUCCUGUUGGUUCAGAAAAUUGGAAUAGGUGUCAAGGAUCUGGAGAUGACAACUUGACUUCCUUGGGGACUUUGAACUUCCCUAGUCAAUCAGUUUUUUCUAAUGGCUAUUCAAGCCCUGGAAUGAGACCAGAUGUAAGCUCUCCUCCAUCCAACUCCUCAGCAGCAACUGGACCACCUCCCAAACUCUGCCUUGUGUGUUCUGAUGAAGCUUCAGGCUGUCAUUAUGGAGUCCUAACUUGUGGGAGCUGUAAAGUAUUCUUCAAAAGAGCAGUGGAAGGUAGACAGCACAAUUAUCUUUGUGCUGGAAGGAAUGAUUGCAUCAUUGAUAAAAUUCGAAGAAAAAACUGCCCAGCCUGCCGCUACCGAAAAUGUCUUCAAGCUGGAAUGAACCUGGAAGCUCGAAAAACAAAGAAAAAAAUUAAAGGAAUUCAGCAGACUACAACAGGAGUCUCACAAGAAACCUCUGAAAAUACUGCCAACAAAACAAUAGUUCCAGCAACAUUACAACUUACCCCUACUCUAGUGUCAUUGUUGGAGGUCAUUGAACCAGAGGUGUUAUAUUCAGGAUAUGAUAGCUCUAUUCCAGAUACAACUUGGCGAAUCAUGACCACACUCAACAUGCUAGGUGGACGACAAGUGAUUGCAGCAGUGAAAUGGGCAAAGGCCAUACCAGGAUUCAGGAAUUUACACCUGGAUGACCAGAUGACCCUCCUGCAAUACUCAUGGAUGUUUCUUAUGGCAUUUGCCCUGGGUUGGAGAUCAUACAGACAUUCAUGCACAAACUUACUGUGUUUUGCUCCUGAUCUGAUUAUUAAUGAGCAGAGAAUGACUCUUCCCUAUUUGUACGACCACUGUAAACAGAUGCUGUAUGUUGCCUCUGAAUUACAGAGACUUCAGGUAUCUUAUGAAGAAUAUCUCUGUAUGAAAACUUUACUACUUCUCUCUUCAGUUCCUAAGGAUGGUUUGAAGAGCCAAGAGCUAUUUGAUGAAAUUAGAAUGACCUACAUCAAAGAGCUAGGAAAAGCCAUUGUGAAGAGGGAAGGAAACUCCAGUCAGAACUGGCAGCGGUUUUAUCAACUGACAAAACUCUUGGACUCCAUGCAUGAAGUUGUUGAAAAUCUCCUUAAUUAUUGCUUCCAAACAUUUUUGGAUAAGACCCUGAGUAUUGAAUUCCCAGAGAUGUUAGCUGAAAUCAUUACAAAUCAGAUACCAAAAUAUUCAAAUGGAAAUAUCAAAAAACUCUUGUUUCAUCAAAAAUGACUGCCUUAAUAAGAAAGGUUGCCUUAAAGAGAGUUGAGUCCAUAGCUUUUAUUGUAUAAACUAUCAGUUUGUCCUGUAGCAGUAUUGCUGUUGUGUUUUUGUUUUGGUCUGAUUUUUUGUUUUAAAUACGCACUACAUGUGGUUUAUAGAGGGCCAAGACUUGACAACAGAAGUAGUAGAACCAUCAAAGUGAUAGUUGGUAGAUCCCAGGAAUUAGAAACAGUAACAUGGUGGGUAACCUCCAUGAUCGGAGACGGAGAAGGAUGGCACCGAAACCACCAGUGCCCGAAGUCUGUGUAACAAACUUUCUGCUCAUAUUUUUCACAGUUGGCUGGAUAAAAUUUUCUAGACUUUUUGUUGGUGUUUUUUCCCCUGUAUAGUUACGAUAGAAUUUUUGAUUUAUGCAUGGAAACCUGAAAAAAGUUUACAAAUGUAUAUCAGAAAAGGGAAGUUGUGCCUUUUAUUAUAGCUAUUAUUGUCUGGUUUUAACAAUUUCCUUUAUAUUUAGUGAACUACGUUUGCUCAUUUUUUUCUUAAUUUUUGUAUUCAAGUUAUUGUACAGCUGUUUAAGAUGGGCAGCUAGUUCAUAGCUUUCCUAAAUGAACUCUAAACAUUAAUCUUCUGUGUGAAAAUGGGUUGGUGCUUCUAACCUGAUGGCACUCAGCUAUCAGAAGACCAUGGAAAUUGACUCAAAUCUCCAGUAUUCUUGUCCAAAAAAGCUCAUAUUUUGUAUAUAUAUGUAUAUAUAUAUGCUUCAGUGGAGAAUUACAUAGGUUGUACAAAUUAACUGCCCUAGCUGGUGUAUAGCACCUAGUCCCGUGACCUCCUCAGUAAACUGUGGAUGAUGGUUGCAAAAGAUUAACUAAAAGAGGAGAAAAAAAACUACCAAGAGGCCCUGUUUGUACCUAUUUCUGCAAUGGUUUGAUGGCAAGAGAGCUAGUUGGUAAGGUAAGCUUACUGUCUUGCAGGACCUUUUGUUGUAGUUUGUAUAAUUUCAUAAAAGUCAUGAUUCCAGAUAAUCAGCUGAAACACAGCUGGGAGAUAUUUAAAUCAGGCCAAGAAAUUUUUCUCACUAAACAUUACCCAAAAAACAAUCUCUAAUAUGGUGAAGUAGCUAGACACCCAUUUUCACAUUCCCAUCUCUCACCAAUUGAUGUCUUUCCUGGUGGGCCAGGAAAACUCAGCUACUGAUUUUUGUGAUUUACAAUUAUAUGUCAGACUUCCAUGUUUGUAAAACUACACAUCCCUGUUUGUGCCAUAGUUUAACAAGUCUUGAUAAUUUCUCCUCACUGUUAAGAAUUAUCAUUUUAAACAAAAUAGAAGCUGUAGUAGCCCUUUCUGUGUGCACCUUACCAACUUUCUGUAAACUCAAAACUUAACAUAUUUACUAAGCCACAAGAAAUUUGAUUUAUAUUCAAAGUGGCCAAAUUAUUUGUGUAAUAGAAAACUGAAAAUCUAAUAUUAAAAUAUGAAACUUCUAAUAUAUUUUUAUAUUUAGUUAUAGUUUCAGAUAUAUAUCAUAUUGGUAUUCACUAAUCUGGGAAGGGAAGGGCUACUGCAGCUUUACAUGCAAUUUAUUAAAAUGAUUGUAAAAUAGCUUGUAUAGUGUAAAAUAAGAAUGAUUUUUAGAUGAGAUUGUUUUAUCACGACAUGUUAUAUAUUUUUUGUAGGGGUCAAAGAAAUGUCAGUGGAUAACCUAAAUGAUUUCUAGUGUGUGUAACGUAUUCAUACAAAUGGCAAUGGUCUCAGAAGCCAAGUUUGCUUUUAGGGGAAAAGGGAAACGGAGACUGGUCUGUGUGUAGAUGAUUGCUGAGGCUCUGUCCCAUUCAGACACAGAGGAAAUACUCCUCUGCCUCCCAGAAUCACCACCCUUCUCAUCCUAAUCCUGAGUCUGUCAGUACAGGGUUAGUUUGCUAAAUCUCCCCAUGUGCUAUGUAAACCGGAGGCAGGAUGGUGGUGCUUACACACUUGCAGGCACCAUCCAUUAGCAGGGUUACUUUCAUAUACAGCUUCUCCAACAGUUUAAUAAAAAUAAAGGCUCUAGAAGUUUGGCAAUAAUAUGCAUAGAGGAACCAGCAAUAUGUAAAUAGUGCAGAAUCUCAUAGGUUGCCAAUAAUACACUAAUUCCUUUCUAUCUUGCAAGAGCUCACUUCCAAACAAAAUAAGGACGUUUGUUUUCAUUGAAUGCUUUCUGAAUGUUAUUUUUCAGUAUUUUGGAGAAAUUAUUUAAUAAAAAUGUAAUAAUUUGCUUUUUGAAUGCUCUCUAAAGGGGAAUGUUCCUUUUACAAUGGUUUAAAUUGAUCUCAAAAAUAUUUUAAGAUGGCUUGUAAGUCAGCUGAAUGGAAAAAUGUUGGUGCCUAAGAAAUGCCACUUGAAUAUUAUUAUCAAUGAUAGUGUUAUGUUUCCAAAAAAGUUUCUGAAAGGUAAUUAUUGCUCAUUUAUAUAACAUUUUAUGAAUGAAAGUAGAUCACACAUUAAUCUUAUUUCAGACCCAACAAAAUUGGCUCUCAAAAAAGAGCUCAGCAAGAAAAAGGUAUUUGUGCUUUGUGGGUAAAAGGAAAUCAACUGACAUUAAUGAAACAACUAUAGGAAGCUGUAGACUAGAUGGGAAAAGAAUCUAUGCCCUUUCCAAAGAUGUGAGAAACAGAAAAACUCACAAUUUGUAUGAUUAUGGAUUUAAAUGAAACAAUUAUCUGAAAGCAGCUUCAUUUUGUGUAUGUGGUAUCAUGCCAUCCCAACAAUUUAAAUUUGUAAUAACUUCAGUGAGCUGGUAACAAGGCUAAAUGAGUCACAACAAAUUCAGAAAAAUAUUUUUAAUUAUUGCUGAGAAAAUAAGUAACCCUCUUCAUGAUUUUAGGCCUGCUGUGGGAUACUAUAUAAUUGCUUUUGAGGAAAUACAUUUCUACUUGUCUAAAGCUAUGGGAAGAAACCUAAAAGAAUACCUACCUUCUUCUAAAGAAAAAAGUGACAGCUCAAAAGAAAGUCUAACAUGAUUAGUGCAUAGUGCAUACGAUGUGCCUGAUGAUUAGCAAAGAAAAAACUCUGUGCAGAUAAAGGAGAGCUAGCCUCUCUUCAGAAUUGGGGGGGCAGGGGAUGAAAGCAUGAGCAAUUCUUAAUCUACAACACAUGAUCAUUAAGCCUUAUUUUAGUUCUGUUCAUUACCCCCAACAAUAUUAUUAUACUUCAGUCUAACAGGAUUCUUCAGUAAUCCUGGCAGCCCUCCAUGAGACUUUUCAACUUGGUUGGUCAAUCAAAAUACUGUAGCUAUUGAUGAAUGUUUUUCCUAUGUGCCUGGUUUGAGAGCUGAAAGGGAAAAUAAGGAAAGUAAGGAGGACACUUUAAACCACUUUGAAUGAAAGCUUCAUCAUUUUUCCAGAUCACCAUCAGUCAACCUAGUCUACCAAGGAUUACUAUCCAGGUUUUGGGGAAAGGAUUAGCUUAUUAGCUUCUCUCUAGAAAAUGCCUAAAAGAAGGAUUUUUAUUUUCUGAUGAAUGGCUGUAUAAAAAUACCCUCUUCAAAUAACUUGCUUAACUACAUAUAGAUUCAAGUGUGUCAAUAUUCUAUUUUGUAUAUUAAACAAAUGCUAUAUAAUGGGGACAAAUCUAUAUUACACUGUGUAUGGCAUUAAGAAGCUUUUGCAUUAUUUUUUAUCACAGUAAUUUUAAAAUGUGUAAAAAUUAAAACCAGUGACUCCUGUUUAAAAGUUGUAGUUUUUUAUUCAUGCUGAAUAAUCUGUAGUAAGAAAAAAAUGUCUUUUUACCUACGCAGUGAAAUGUCAGACUGUAAGAUCUUGUGUGGAAAUGUUUAACUUUUAUUUUGCAUUUUAAAUUGCUGUUCUGGUAUUACCAAACCACACAUUUGUACUGAAUUGACAGUAAAUGUUAGUUAGCCAUUUACAGCAAUGCCAAAUAUGGAAAAACAUCGUAAUAAAAAACCUGCUUUUUCAUUA